AUAAAUGGGAAUAACCCACCUGACCAAUGUUAUCAAGAAAAAUCUGGUCUGGGGAACAAUGAAAGUCCAGAAGAAGGGAAAGCAUCUGCAAAGAGCAAUUUUCACUUGGAGGAGUUAGAGAAAUACACUUUUUCUGUGUGCUGCCGUUCUGCUGCUGAAGUGAAACUGUCCAGACGGGUUGUUGAGCGUUUCCAUUUCAUGGUAUACGCAGCUUUCUCAGAGCUAGGAGCUGCAAGCUGGCGCUCUGGGGAAUUCUGGCUCCUCGCCUUGAUGGUAGUUUUGCUGUGGUUCGUGAGACUUUACCUGCAUUAUUUGAGUCAAUGGCUCUUCCUUCAGACCAUCUCGGUUCCUGUUACAAAGUUCCAGCUUUUCCCUCACACUGUUGAGCUGUGCUACCAGAACUCCUUGCUGCAGACCAGUGAAGAGUUGGUCAUGGUUGUUGUGGGACCCCUAACCUUGAAUGCAGGGCUGCUUCUUAUGGUCCUGAUCAGAUGGGGCUGUCAGAGGCUGUUUGACUCAUUCCCUUCCUUCUUGUCAAAGUUUAUCAUAGCUCUGGGACUCUGGACCGUGCUAGACCCCUUGGCAGUGUUCAUAGUGGAUUCAGUCCUGGGGCGACUUGGGAACAGCGUAGAGAAACCCAUUGCUGAUGCUGCAAAGCUCUAUUGGGUCUUUCUAAGAGCAGAAGAGUCAGGGAUUCCUGGUGCCUUAAUCACUGUGAUGCUUUAUACAAUCCUGUUCAUCAUCUCAUCAACAGUGUUGUACCUGUACUUUUUAAGGCUACAUAGCGAAGGUUGGCUGUUGGAUGUAUUUCAACGCAUCCAUGGUGAGGAGGGCGCAUUCUUUGUUCCACUGGACUUAGAGAUUUCCAGUCAGGAGCUGAGCUACAUUGUGAAGAGGGCUGAGCAGUGGAGAGGAAUCAACGGUGAAAGACGGAUGGUGAGUGGCAAACAGAGUCUUCAAGAGGGGUCUGUGACAUACUGAUCCAAAUUAAUGCUUUGUAUUUCUGAGUAUUACCUACAAGGAUGUAGAUAUAAAAGAAAAU